GGAAGGCUUCAGACCUGUAGGAAGCCAUGGGGAAUUGUUUCACAAAUGCACAACCUGGGGUGCAUCAAAUGUUUUUUCCUAUGUAUGUGGUGAAGGUCUCUGAUUUCCUCCGAAUGGAGGGAGCCCUGUUGUCACAUGCUGAACUGGUGAAGCAAAACUUGCUUCAAAAAUGGGAGCAAGGGAUGUACACUGUCUUCAUUUCUCAUCAGUGGCUGGGAAGACAGCAUCCAGAUCCCAGUGGUGCUCAGACCUCUGUCCUGCGGAAGCUGAUCGCUCGACUAGAGCAAGAGGAUUUGAUGAUCGAAGGGGAUACAGUAUCUGCAUCUUAUGGCCAGCGCCUCACCCUUUCAGAAGAUACCCGCAAGAACAUUCUGGAGGGAUAUCUUUUUCUGGACUGGUUUGCGAUCCCACAAGUCACGGCCCGUCUCCAUGGAGUGAACGAGGCAACCACGAAGUCAGAUGCUGCUCUAGCAGUCAAGAGUAUUCCCGCAUAUGUGGAGUGUGCUGACAUUUUCAUCGCGUUGGUGCCCUAUGUGCUGAACGAAGAGAAGAAAUGGUGCAAUCAUUCCACCUGGAUAGCUAGAGGAUGGUGCAGGGCAGAGUUGUGGUUUCACAUGCUGGCGGGCAAGACUGACACCAGUGCCAUCAUCAUAUUUUCAGAGAAAGAGGCCAAGUUCAUGCUUGCCCUGGAAUGGUUGAAGAAUAGUGUUGUGAGCGGCGACUUCACGGUGGAGGCGGACCGUUUCGUAGUGGCGAAGCUGGCUGAGAGGGCGUUGAAAAGGAAGAUCUCCAAGCUGAAAACAAGCGGCCCCGUCAACAAGUAUCGCUUUUACGUGGCUCAUCAAUCCAAAAUGCUGGGCCAGCACCACCAUGACUACCGCUUGCAGGCAUUUCUCAAUGAUUUCCGGUUUUCAAGCCUUGAAGAAGCUUCUCGAGAUGAAAGCGGCAUGAAUGGCGUUCUCUGCGCCAUGUUUUGUGGCGACCGAACGAUGCUGCGACUGCUUGCGACCUCUAAGGCAAAUAUGAAUUUGAGUGUUCGUGGACUUGCAGAGCUUGGAUAUUUCGAUGGCCAAACCUUACUUCUGAUGGCAGCGAAAUCAAAUCAACCAGCGCCAAUUUUAGCCACACUCAUUGAACUUGGUGCAGAUGUGAAGGCCAUUUCGAAUGUUGGAGCAAUUGUUGCGAACUUUGUGCGGUCCGCUGAACAGCUUAAGGUGAUCGUGGAGGCCCAGGCUGAUUUGCAUAGCAGCUACGAACCCUAUGGUCUCACCCCGCUCACUGUGGCCGCAUCUUCUGCUGGUUCGGACACUGCCACGGUGGCGGCGUUGUUGAAGGCAAGGUGCGACCCGAAUCCGCCAAGACAUGGGCUGGGCCAAACCCCUUUGAUGAUGUCAAUCCUGCACUCUCGCGGUGAAAAGUCUCCAGUUGACACGGUGCGACUGAUCCUUGAAAGCAAAGCAGAUGUGAACCUUGGUGCCGCUCCAACUGGAAUGUUUGAUUCACUCUGUGGAGCGGCGAUUGCCGAGGUGGAACAAGUGGGCAGGAAACAUAGUUUUCAGAGCAAACGUGGUUUCAGUAUUCUGCGCGGUCUGACUCCGUUGUGCCAUGCUGCAUGGAUUGGAGAUCCUGAAAUGACGCAGCUGCUGCUAGACUUCCGUGCUGACCCUUCUUUGCCCUGCAAUAUCGGGCUUUUCCCAGAGGAUCUGGCGGAAGAGAACGGACACUACCACCUGCUCCCAAUGCUACUUGUGAGCAUGUAGUAGCCUUAGUACAUAGCAAGAGACCACUGCCUCAAUUCGGCAGCUGAAGUAAA